CAUUGACCCUGUUCCUGUCUGUAUGUCCUGCUGCUCGUGAUAUUCCGUGCUUGCACGGAAGAUGUCGCACGGCUGUAGGAGUAAGAACUGAAACGAACUCCAGGUUGGAGUGCAGUGCUUGACAUUUCGAUGACAGGCUGAGAUUCUGUCAUGUCCGCGAGGUGAUAUGACGCUCAGUGUGGUUUGACUGUUAAGUAAGGAGACAGUGAGUUUGUGGGCAACCAGCCUAGUUGAUGACCAGAUUCACGUCCAGCCAAGACCCGAACGUUUCGGUUACGAGUGCUCCGUAUGCGGGGAAUGAAUGUGGCCUCCUUUAGUAAGGAUUUAAAGUCCGAUAUCUCCCAUGCGCGAGGAUAACCAAAUGAGUACGCCCGUACGCCCACAAACGCCCACAGCGUGCCCAGGAAUGUAUACUUGUAGGACCGGUCUGGCGUGGCCUGCAUAUUAAACUGAACCUGAGCCUCUCAAGCAACACACACUGGCAUUCUCGUGGAUGUUGUCAGUCGGUGUCGGUGGCAAGCGCGAGAGCAACGUGAACCAGUGUCGUUAGUGAGGAUGGUGUGAGGGCCACGAGGAGGGUGGUCGUCCUGGGCUACGAGGAACGACGAGGCACGACAUGUGGCCAGCUGGCGGAGACGACCAGGUGUGAGUGUUGACAUUCAGCAGGUCGUCCUCCAAGCUUACCACCUCCUCGUCCUCAGCCUAUCAAGGACCCAUCGAGGACCCUCUCGGCCGGGUAUCCUACCUUCCCAGCCUGUUGGCACCGUCGCUCGCAGCCAUGGAAGGUGACAACAACAAUAACAACAACGGCAGUGAGAGCGGGGAAAAUAAGCUGAACACCCCGCCCCCCGAGGAUAAGCAGAACGGCGAGAACCACAAGCACAGGAGGAAGAGCAGAGAAAGAGACAAGGAGCGAGACGAGAAGAGUCGCAUUCCCAUCUACCAGGUGAAGCUCGAGCGUGUGCUUGGCCUCACGGUACCCAGUAACGCCGCCCUCGACUGUGACCCGCACUCCGGACAGGUCGCCUACCCCGCUGGGUGCACGGUUGUGCUGCUGAACCCCCGCAAGAACCGGCAGCAGCACGUGCAGAAUGCCUCGAGGAAGAGCAUCACGUGCGUGGCCUUCUCGCCGUGCGGCCGCUACCUGGCCACGGGCGAGUGCGGCCACCAGCCCUCCGUCAGGGUGUGGGACGUGGCCGACAAGACGCAGGUGGCCGAGUUCCAGGGACACAAGUACGGCGUCUCGUGCGUGGCAUUUUCUCCAACUCAGAAGUAUGUAGUCUCUGUAGGAUCCCAGCAUGACAUGAUUGUGAAUGUGUGGGAUUGGCGAGGAGGAGUGAAGGUCGCUUCCAACAAGUUUUCCAGCAAGGUCAAGGCUAUCAGCUUCGCAGAGAAUGGUUCUUAUUUUGUUACUGUAGGAAACCGCCAUGUGAAGUUUUGGUACCUUGAAGUGGCCCGAGGCUCCAAGUUUAAGGAGCCAGUGCCCCUGACUGGACGGUCUGCUAUUCUUGGAGAACAAAGAAACAAUUAUUUCUGUGAUGUUGCCUGUGGACGUGGUGAUAUGGGAGACUCUACUUUUGCCAUCACCAAGUCUGGCUUGUUGUGUGAAUUCAAUAACCGAAGGCUGCUGGACAAGUGGGUGGAGCUAAGAACUUCCAGUGCAAACUGUGUUGUGGCCGGGGAGGAAUACAUCUUUGUAGGCUGUGCAGAAGGUAUUAUCCGAUGCUUCAGUCCCUAUAAUCUCCAAUUCAUCACCACCCUGCCUCGCACGCACUACCUUGGUGUAGAUGUAUCAAAAGGUUUAACUAUCAGUCACAUGGCCGCUCACCCAAACAAUGCCAAGUACCCUGACACCAUAGCUGUAUCCUUUGAUGAAAACAACCACAAAGUGACGGCUGUUUAUAAUGACCAUUCCAUGUAUGUGUGGGAUGUCAAGGAUAUAAAGAGGGUUGGAAAGUCCCACUCCUACCUGUACCAUUCUGCCUGUAUAUGGGGUGUGGAAACCUACCCCACAGAGGGAGAGGGCGGGAAAGGGGUGAUGCCUCCCGGGUCGUUCAUCACCUGCUCUUCCGACGACACAAUCCGAGUCUGGAAUAUUGACUCUGCCAUGCCCUCAAAUACUCUGUAUAAGAGGAAUAUUUACAGCACUGAACUGCUCAAAAUCAUAUAUGUGGACCCAGAGUUGGGUUUCAUCAAAGACACAGAUGUUAACCCUCAAGGUGGGGAUAGGAAUGACACCUCAUACGAUUCCCGCAACGGCGUCAGGUGCAUCAGAGUGAGCCCUGAUGGCAAGCACUUGGCUUCUGGAGACCGGGCUGGAAACAUCAGAGUGCAUGAAUUGCAAUUUCUGGAUGAGCUUUGCAAAAUUGAAGCUCACGAUGCUGAGGUGUUGAGCCUUGAGUAUUCCCGCCCAGACACUGGCCACAAGUUCCUAGCGUCAGCGUCUCGGGACAGAUUGAUCCACGUGUUUGCAGUUGAUCAGGAUUACAGCUUUGUGCAGACCUUGGAUGACCAUUCGUCAGCUAUUACGUCAGUGCGUUUCUACCAAACCCAGGGAGCCUUGCAAAUGGUGUCUUGCAGUGCUGACAGGUCGAUCAUCUUCCGAAGUGCAACACAGACACCCCAGAAUGAAGUUUGGUUUUCUCGUGGACACAACGUAGCUGGAAAGACAACACUCUAUGAUAUGGAGGUGGAUCAUGGUCAGCGGCAUAUACUAACAGCAUGUCAGGACCGUAAUAUUCGUGUUUAUAACGUUAACACUGGGAAGCAUUCCAAAACUUUCAAGGGCACAAUUGGAGACGAUGGAACCUUGAUCAAGGUGGUCUUAGAUCAGAGUGGAAUAUAUGCUGCUACCAGCUGUACGGACAAGAACAUGUGUAUAUAUGACUAUUAUUCUGGGGAAUGUAUGGCAACUAUGUUUGGGCACUCUGAGCUUGUUACUGGACUUCGCUUCACCAGUGACGGCAAGCACUUGAUCACAGUUUCUGGUGACGGAUGCAUCUUUCUGUGGAGAAUGCCACAUGACAUGUCGCAGACCAUAACUGCACGCAUUGCACAACAAGCAGAAAGAGCUUCCAAAGAGAAGCGAAAAGUAAGGCAGCCUAUCGAUAAUGAAGACUUCAGACCUGCAUCUGAAGACAUAUUUGAUCAGAAUGCCAACGAAGCAGAAGAGCCAGAUUAUAGAUUUAGUAUGGGUCAGCUUCCUUUGUGGGCUAAGAAGCAAAUGACAGAACCACAAGGACCAGCUGGGGGUGCCGGCGACAGGGGCACGGUGGACAUGCCGAAAGGACGCUGGGCACAGAGGCUUCAUAAUAAUGCCAUAACAUUCAAAAGUCAUUAUGAUACCGACUCUGUUAUACCUUUCCCUGCCAGAGAUAAACGUCAACCAGACUCAGAGUCCAGUAAGGAAAGCUCUCUGGAAGACAGCGUUGGAGUCCACAAACAGUACCAAUCACAAACAUCACGUAGAGAUAACUUAAUAUUACCAAAUAAAGACUCAGGUGGCGACCCUGGCUUCAUUCCUUGCCCAGAGAGCAUGAAGGAAAUUAAUUCAGGGGAAGGCAGUUUUCAGGGCUCACCAUCUAAGAUCAACACAAAGAGAGGAAGUGAUCCUGAGAGCCGCAACAGACACCACACAGACGAUAGUGACGUCAGUAGUCUGAGAGUGGACGAUGGAGCAACAGACCACGACGGAGACAUUGAGGACUACAGCGAGCAUGAUGACGAGAGCACUGAGCCGGAACAUUCUGAACACUUGAUGUAUUACCCUCAUAAUGAUGAUACAGCAAGUGAUUUUACUGUUAAUGCAAUGGAUGUCGAGGAGCUGCGUCGUUCCCAGCGUCGUCACAGAAAAGCAAGACCUGAGAGACCCACAGACAUUCCGCUUGUUUCCGUCUCUGGUUCUCAGGAUUCAGACGAUGAUGAUGAGGUCUCGACUCCAAGUGCUGAUACUGCAGAGCGCAACAUUAUGUCCAUGCUCAAUGUCAGCACAGAGAGCAUUGACAGAGUUGGUCGACGUGAGACUUUCCUCAAGUCAAACUUCGAGUCACUUGAAGGGGAGACAGUGCGACCAGAAAAAGAAGUCAAGAAUAAAAAUAGUAUAUCUUAUAAAUUUAAUGCAAGAAAUAAGGAUUCUCAAGUCUCAAACAAACGCGAAGAACUUCUAAAGAGAAUUGAAGAGACAAGAAAGAAGCUGCAAAGUAUUGGAUAUAAAAGUAAUCUUAGAAGCAGCAAGAGUAUCUCAGACCUAAGCAACAUUCCAGAGAAAGAUACGUCAUACAUGUCAGGGAACCAAGAUGGCGGCAGUGGAGACAGUGGGUUCAGCAGCAGCCCCUGUGGUGGUAGUGGUGGUUUACGUCGCGCCUGCUCUCUGAGUGACCUCACCAAUCCCACCACCCCACGACGCCUACUGCCAACUCCCCCUACGGUUGGAGGAAAGAAGAUGGGUGGAAAAUCCAACAGCAAAUCCCCUGGACGAUCACACUCCUCCUUGUCUCGGUCCAGUUCUAUUGGGGUUCUAAAUCAGACUGGCGAGGAUGGUUCGAGAAGUGACAGGCCCAUGAGACCAACCAUUGCUUCCAUGAACAAGAUGACGCCUCGUGCUCUCAAGAGGAAGGCGUCCCUCUCGCAGGCUGUCUCUACAGGUGAUAUUCGGCAGUUUCAUGAAGAUUCAAGCUCUGAAGAUACGUCACCUUCAGAACACAAGAAUAUGCGUAGUCGUACCUUAGGUGGCGAUAGGCGUGGCAACCUUCCUACCCGUGCUGUGAGUGAGCGUGACCUCACCCGCAGCAGCAGCUUGUCCAGCAAGUCGAGAGGGGAAGCCGUGCGUGGACGCUACGCCUCAGCUGCGUCGCCCGUGUCCAGACGAGGUCUGCCCAAUUCUGACAUCAGCAGGCCGUCAUCUGCUGCCUCCACUGUGGACAUGAGCCCUGAGGAGUAUCCGACGAGGGAUGAUCUCUCCUUCAAAGACUUGGACAACAUGCCUUUGAGUGUGGGAGUGGUGGAAAGUGUCUGUGAGUGGGUAGUAGAAGGAUGCGAGCGGCUAAGCCAGCUGUGGUGGCGUGCAUGCAGUGAAGGUGGAGGAGAAGAGGACCACCACAGGGCCUUGCGUUCCCUCCUCCUGGGAGCAGCUGCCAGAGCCACACACGCUCUUACUCCGCUCACAGCUCCAAAUGCUGUACCACCACCGCCACCAACCUCCAUGUCCUCUGCUGCCCCGGCACAGCAGACUGGUGACAGCAAGGACCCCCGCAUGGUGGCCAUGAUGCAGCAGUAUACUGAUAUUCUGGUCAAUAUGGUCCAGCAGAAGAUGGCAUCACACCAACCUCCGCCAGGACCCACGUGAUCAAACUCAUGUCACAACAUACAGUCAUGCAACUUCAACCUCAUACAGUCAUAUGGCUUGACCUGAAAAAUGUACAGAAUAAGUUCAGUGCCCAGUUUUGAGAUAGAUUGUCAGAUGGGUGACUCAAGCCUCUUUUUAAGAGUGUAAGGCUGUGUAUGAUUGCUUUCCUGUAAAGGAUUUUGAUCCACUUUUUAAAUAUGUGUUAUAUGUGAUUUUAGAUUCUCCUUGUUAAAUGAUAGUGUUCCCUAUGUGAUGUCAGAUAGUUAGAUUGCUGAUGAAUACAGUCUUUCUACUAGAUUUGAUGCCAUUUUAAUUUUAUUUGAUUGUUGCAUAUUAUUUUACAUUCCAGGUUGUCUGUGACAUUUGUUUCCAUAGUGGGCAGGAGUGUCAUUUUAUUUAUUGAUUAUUUUUUUCAUAUGACCUCUAGAAGCCCCAUUUGCUGCCAAAGCUCUCAUGACCACUGUGUGAUUGUAAUUAUUUUUGAGGACAACAAACAUGUAUGUAUGUAUGUAUAUAUGUACGUAUGUACCUUGACUUUAUAUGUGUAGUAGAGAGAAGUUCCUGCAUAUUAUACCACUGUCUUCUGUGUCCCAUAACAUUGGAGUCGAAAAAUAAAGCUUAUUGCUCCUAAACUGAAAGCCAUCAAUGCAGUUUACCCUCUGUCAGCAGAUUUUGGGCCAGUCCACUGCUUUUAGCCAGUUCCCUGGAGGAAGUAUAUCCGGUAUCCAAAACUUAGAUUGUAAUGCAAAAUUUGCAUUGUCCUUGGAAUGUUUAUGUGACUAAGUUCAAGUUUACAAAAUGUAAUUGUCCGUGUCAUAGUUUUAGAUUUGUUUGCUUAAAGGUUCUUGUUCAGUACCACUUCCUCCUGAAAUGUGGUUCAUCAAAGUGAAUAACUUUCUCUCCAUAUUCAGAAAAGAAGAAUGUUGAACAUAAAAUAAAAAAAAGACAAAAAAUUGAAGACUUCCAGGCCCAGGUCAGGAAUCCACUUUUUAGUUUAGCUAUACUUUUUUGACAUUGGUCAUCAUGCUGGUGAGGAUGGUAAAAUAUGUAGGAACUACUCAUUAUAUGUUCAUGUUCAUAUACAUACACAUAUAAUAUUUAGACAUUCAUGUAUAGCCUUGCAUAAAAUACAUUUACACACACACACCUACACUGACAGAUGGGCAUAUAUUUCCAACAUUGUACAUGCAUACAUACAUAUUCAUUCAUACAUACAUACAUAUUCAUACAUGCAUACAUACAUACAUACAUACAUACAUACAUACCUGUAGAAAACAUUUUAUUUUUGUUUCUUUUGUUGAUAUGGAAAUGAAACUCAAACUUUUUUUCUGGGACAUUAGUUUGGUUUUGAUGUUUGUGAUGAGACAUUAUUCACCGGACAUAUGUGAUGAGCCAGAUUCUUAGUUAUCUGUACAAAGUGGUUGUCAGGUGAGAGUGGCACGUUGACGCAAGGAUGCAUCAAACAUCGGCACUCGGCUGUCUCAAUACAGCAAGUAGGCCAUAGCACCAAGUCAAAGGCAUUCUUUCUUGGUAUUAGAAAUAAUUUUGUCGUACAUUCAUAAUUUAACAGCAUGUUGUCUUUAACAUUAUCCAUAUGCUAUUAACUACAUCUAACUUUUCAUUUUUUUUAAAUGUUAUUGGACAUGGUGAUGGCAUACUGCUGAUUUGGGCUGGCUGUUUACCUAAUGGUGUAUACUAUAAAUAUUUUGUUUUAUGUUUGUGCAAGUUUUACUGCCUGGUAAUUAGAGUUAGGAAACACAGCAUAUAUGGAAUAGUGUCAUAAUAUUAAUCAAAUUUUUGUUUUGUUUUAUGUGCUCUGAAUCUCUUAUCCAGGGUCAUGGAAGGAGCAUGUGAUUGAUUUUAUUAGAUAUCUGAUUAAUUAUAACCUAUGCAUGUGCUGUGCUUGGACAUUAAAUCCUAACACAGACCAGACAAUUAAUGCAAUAGCCACCAGAGAUUUCAGAAGUGUCAUGGGUGUUGUUGCAAUCUUGCGUUGACUCCUGCUCAUUGAUACCAAAAAUUGUUGCUAUGUUGCUCACUGCUGUCUGUGCUCAUUUCUCUCAAAAGGAUUCUCAAAUGGACAAGUGGUUUGAAUUGAAGCAGUGAUCAUGUACUGAAGAAUAAAGCCUCGUUUAGUUGACAUUUUCUAAUGAUACUGCAGCUUUGGUAGUAGCAGCAUCAGGAGGCAUGUGAGCAGCACUUUAGUUCUAAUUAUUUUAUUAGUCUGCCCCUGAUAGAUUAGUCUUGGAAAGUGUUUGUUUGUCAACUUUUGCAAAGGAAAUGAAAAUGAUGGGAUGUCUUGUUUUGUGCAUUCAUUUUUGAUAGGUUUUACUAUUAGUGUUGGUUUUCCACGUAAAACAGUUUUGAAAAUUUAUUGUUUUAUGAUGGCCUAGGAUGGUGUACUUGAUGGUGGAGGCUUGUGCACAUUUGGUGACAAAUGUGACAUUAAGCCACACUCUUGAGCCAGGCUGGGAUAGGGGCAGUUGUGGGAACCCAGUGGUCUACUCAUUCCAGCUCUUAGUUUGCAGUGCACAAAAUUUUGUAAAGCUAUUGUAUUAAGUUGAGCUGAGUCAGGUCAUAUUCCCAGAGGGUGCCACUUGGUGCCACGAUGAGGUGUGCCAAACCCUUGCAGAUGUGGUUGAUGCCAGAACUGCAAGGGAGUGUAUAGCUGUAUCAUAGUGUACAGUCUCCAUAGCUUCUAGACAUCAUUCCCUUGCUUCGGGGGGCUCAUUUAUCACAGGAUAGGUUGCAGGCCUUGCAAGUUUGUGUCUUCCCUGUGACCUUAUUGUAUCAAUGCCUUCCAUAAUAGUGUGAUUGUCCUCCAUUUUUUUUAGGGUGUUGCCACAGUGCUGUUGAACAGCUCUGAGGCUAGAUUGUGCUCAUAUGGAGAUCCGGGUAAAUGUUUGCCAAAUGAAAUCUCAUUUCUUGAUAAAAUAUGUCUACAGAAGAAUGAUGUCUUUGUUUAAAACCUAAUAAACAUAACUGGAAA